AGCAGUAGCAGCAGCAGCAGCAGAAAGGGCUGCAGCGUCUUGCUUGCCUUCUGCAGCAGCGCCUUGGCAGCACUGUCUGCGCCCACAUCUUCCCCAGAGAUUCAGGCAGCUGCAGCAGCAGCCGCGGAAGCUGCAUGCGCUGCAGGAGAUGCAGCAGCUGCCAUUUGGUGUGGCUUUUUCCGCUGUCUGAGGAAAAGUGGAGGGGGCAUUGCAGUAUGGCCGGACUGGCAAGCGGUGCAGAGACACCUGCAGCAGCAGCAGCUUCAGGAGCUGCUGCUGCUGCUGCCCUUUCCGCUGCCAAGACGCUUUCUCCUCGAGCAGCAACUCCAGAACGCCACUCUGCAGCAGCUCAUUCAGCAGUACAGACUCUCCCUGUGUCGCGCCGCUGCCUCCGCAGGAGGCGCUUGGCCAUGGCAGCAGCGUCAAGAGCAGCAGAGACUCUCCGUCGCUCUCAUGGAGGCAGCAGCUGCAGCGGCAGCUGCUGCUGCUCGUGCUCAUAAUAAUAGUACUGCUGCAGCGCGUGCUAAUAAUAACGGCGAUCGCCGAGCUAGCGAUACGGUAGGUGUCUUCGACUUGCACCAGCAGCGUGCCUUGUGGGCAGAAGCUGCAGCAGCGUGCUGCAGUUUGAGCAAGUGGGAAGCCUUGCCGCCGUUGCUGCACUCUGCAUCGAAAGCAGCAGCAGCUGCUGCUGCUUCCUCGGCGACGGCAGCUGAGGGGGCAGCCUCUAGCGAGCUCAGUCUGGCCAUGCUCCCGCAGUCCGACUCGACAGAAUCUCGCUUUCUGCUGCAGCAUUCUCGCUUGCUCCUUCUUGUGCGAAGAAUUGUGCAGCAGCAGCUCGAGCGCAAUACACAGCAAGAGGAGCAGCACGAAGAACGGCUGCAGGAGUGUGCCUGUAUGUUGGUAGGCAGAAACCUACAUGAAGCAACGGUGGAAUGCUUGCGUCCUUUGACUGCGGCACUCAAAGAUUCAGCAGAACGAGCUGCCACACACCUUUCUCACCUUCAUAUCUUCGCCGAUCUCGAGCUAAUAUGCAGACGUGUUGGACUUCUCGUAGAUAACGAUGAGAGAGACGAGCUCCACAGCAACAACAGCAGCAGCAACAACAGCAGAGCUUCUUGGUGUGCGUGCAUCAAGGCUUCCACUCGUCCCUUGUCUGUUUCUUCGCAGUGCUCUCUGGCUGCCCUCCUUGUCGAUCGCGCUUUGUCAGGAACAGAAACAGCUCCUGCCGCAGAGGCGCAUGCAAGAGGCUCAGUGCUCCUCUCAGCAGCAAAGAUAGCCCUUGAAUGUGUGCAGCAGCCUGUGGCUGCUGCUGCUGUAGGCCUUUCUCUGCAGCAGCAACGGUGCGGUGUAUGGACACCUGGCGCCGUCCUUACGUCUCAGUACAAGCGGAUUGAGACUUUCCUGAAGCAGCAAAAUUUGCAGCAGGAGGUGGAGAAGGUCGAAGGGGGGGUUGCCUCUCCUGCAGAUCAUCAGCAAGUCCUUUGUUGGCAACAGCAGCUGCUCGAAAAUCUCGCUCUCAACAUGCGUCUAGAGACGGCAAACCAGCUUCUCAAAAAGGUGCAGAACGCUCGUCAUCCAUGA